AUGGCGGCCAAGCGCAAAGCGGAGGCGCUGAUCCCGGCGGAGGAGAGCGACCAGCUGCUGAUCCGGCCCCUUGGUGCUGGUCAAGAAGUAGGAAGGUCCUGCAUCAUUCUGGAGUUUAAAGGGAGGAAGAUAAUGCUGGAUUGUGGAAUCCACCCUGGCCUGGAAGGAAUGGAUGCUCUCCCUUACAUUGAUUUGAUAGAUCCUGCUGAGAUUGAUCUCCUCCUCAUCAGUCAUUUCCAUCUAGAUCACUGUGGGGCUUUGCCAUGGUUCCUGCAGAAGACAAGUUUCAAAGGAAGGACAUUCAUGACUCAUGCCACAAAAGCCAUUUACAGAUGGCUGCUUUCAGACUAUGUCAAGGUCAGCAACAUCUCAGCAGAUGACAUGCUGUACACAGAAACAGACCUGGAGGAGAGCAUGGACAAGAUCGAGACCAUCAAUUUCCAUGAAGUGAAAGAAGUGGCAGGAAUCAAGUUCUGGUGCUACCAUGCAGGCCAUGUUCUGGGAGCAGCCAUGUUCAUGAUUGAGAUAGCUGGGGUGAAGCUCUUGUACACAGGAGAUUUCUCAAGACAGGAGGACAGGCACCUGAUGGCAGCUGAGAUUCCCAACAUCAAACCUGAUAUUCUUAUAAUUGAGUCCACCUACGGCACCCACAUCCACGAGAAGCGGGAGGAGCGCGAAGCCAGGUUCUGCAACACCGUGCAUGACAUCGUCAACAGGGGAGGCCGCGGCCUCAUCCCUGUCUUUGCCCUGGGGAGGGCUCAGGAGCUGCUUCUCAUCCUAGAUGAGUACUGGCAGAACCACCCUGAGCUCCACGACAUCCCCAUCUACUAUGCCUCCUCCCUGGCCAAGAAGUGCAUGGCAGUGUACCAGACCUACGUCAAUGCCAUGAACGACAAAAUCCGCAAGCAGAUCAACAUCAACAACCCUUUUGUCUUCAAGCACAUCAGCAACCUGAAGAGCAUGGAUCACUUUGAUGACAUUGGCCCCAGUGUGGUGAUGGCCUCCCCAGGGAUGAUGCAGAGUGGCCUGUCCAGGGAGCUGUUUGAGAGCUGGUGCACAGACAAGAGGAAUGGAGUCAUCAUAGCAGGGUACUGUGUGGAAGGAACCCUGGCCAAGCACAUCAUGUCUGAGCCUGAAGAGAUCACAACCAUGUCAGGGCAGAAGCUGCCCCUGAAGAUGUCUGUGGAUUACAUUUCCUUCUCUGCUCACACAGAUUACCAACAGACCAGUGAAUUCAUCCGGGCCCUCAAACCUCCACACGUGAUUUUGGUGCAUGGGGAGCAGAACGAGAUGGCCAGGCUGAAGGCUGCCCUGAUCAGGGAAUAUGAGGAUAAUGAUGAAGUUCAUAUAGAAGUUCACAACCCUAGGAACACUGAAGCUGUCACACUGAACUUCAGAGGAGAAAAACUUGCCAAGGUGAUGGGAUCUCUAGCUGAUAAAAAACCAGAGCAAGGACAGAGGAUUUCUGGGAUUCUGGUUAAAAGAAAUUUUAACUACCACAUCCUUUCUCCAUGUGACCUCUCCAAUUACACAGACCUGGCGAUGAGCACAGUGACCCAGACCCAGGCCAUCCCAUACACAGGCCCUUUCAACCUGCUCUCCUACCAGCUGCAGAAGCUUACAGGUGACGUAGAGGAAAUAGAAAUCCAACAGAAACCAGCCCUGAAGGUUUUCAAAAACAUUACUGUGAUCCAGGAGCCAGGCAUGGUGGUCCUUGAGUGGGUGGCAAACCCUGCCAAUGACAUGUAUGCAGACACUGUCAUCACAGUCAUCCUGGAGGUGCAGUCCAACCCCAAGAUACAGAAAGCUGCAGUACAGAAAAUUUCCAAAAAAGUUGAUAUGGAGGUGUACAGGAAGAGGAUGGAGAUCAUGCUUCAGGAUAUGUUUGGAGAGGACUGUGUGAGCUCCAAGGAUGGCUCUGUGCUGUGCAUCACGGUGGAUGGGAAGACUGCCAACAUCUCCCUGGACACAAGGACAGUUGACUGCGAGCCAGGGAGCGAGGACGACGAAUCCCUUCGUGAGAUGGUGGAACUGGCUGCACAGAGGCUCUAUGAUGCCCUCAGCCCAGUCUGCUGACCUCCACAGAUCCCUAGGACACCCCCAGAAAUCCUCCACAUCUUUGGUCUGUUUUGUAAAAGUAAAUAAAUCUUUUUUUUCUCUUUAGGAGUCAGCCAGCUGGGCUUGUUCCUAAACAGUAAGUCCUGCUGCAAGGUGUCCACAGCAGUGAGCUUUCUGCACAAUGACUUUCUCUUGCACACACAACACUUCUCCCUUUUCCCACCUGAGUAAACUGGUACCUGAUAACCUUCAGAGCAGUGACAGCCACUGUCCACACAGGGCCAAGAUCCUGAUGUCUUAACAAAGGUGGUGGAAUCCCUGUCCCUGGAGGGGUUCCAGGGGGCCAUGGUGAGAAUUUCCAGCACAGUCAGGCCUUGAUCAGCAAGGGGGUGGGCAGCAGGAGCAGGGAUUGUGCCCCUGGACUGGGCACUGCUGAGGCCACAGCUCAAGUGCUGGGUUCAGGUUUGGGUCCCUCACUGCAAGAAGGACAUUGAGGAGCUGGAGCAGGUCCAGAGAAGGGCAACAGAGCUGGGGAAGGGUCUGGAGAAGAGGGCUGGGGAGGAACAGCUGAGGGAGCUGGGGGUGUUUGGUGUGGAGAAGAGGAGGCUGAGGGAGACCUCAUUGCUCUCUACAGCUCCUGAGAGGAGGCUGCAG